AUGAGAGCAUCCUUUACGAGUAAUAUUGAAAAGGCUCGGUUAUCAAAGAUUGGCACGGUUACGUUGAUCAAGGGUGAUGACUGUAGUAGUAUAAUAACUGCAUCUAAUGUUUUGUACGACGAACCAAUCGUGUAUGGUACGACAUGGAUUGCCUGGUUGCAUGUUGUCAAUAUUAUGUUGGUAAAUGGCGCAAGUUCACUCAUGUGGGCAAGCGCGUCAAGUGCGCCUGUAGCUGUGUCAGAAUGGAUGCAGGUCAAUUACACUGCAUUGAAUUGGCUAUCUAAUCUAUCUGCUGUAAUCAAUACUCUAUGUUCUUUGAUUACAGGAUGGUCAUAUCAAAGAUUCGGUAUCAAGGCAAAUGUUCUAUUUGCGGCUGGAAUGAACUUUAUAGGCUGUUGGAUUCGAUGCAUAGCGAUCAUUGUCCCUGAACAUCACAGGUAUACGGUCAUGAUGGCGGGCCAAUUUUUUGCUAGUCUUGGUGGAGCAUUUGUAUACAAUAUAUCUGCCAAGUUGGCAUCUGUAUGGUUUGCACCGCAACACCGAGGUGUAGCCAAUACAUUGUCUACGCUUUCCGUUGGUAUGGCGCUUGCGCCCGUAUUAAUUCCAUUAUUGUGUCCUACACCCGAACAAGUACCCUGGAUGCUAAUUGUAGUAUCCAUCAUCUCUACCGCCUGUACCAUUCCGUCCGUAUUUUUACCGAGCUCACCCAGAAUUCCGUCUUCACCUUCUGCCAACCAAGAGCGAAUGGAUUUUAAACAGGCGGUGAAAUGCCUUGCUAGAAAUCCUGGCUUUAUAUGGGUAACCAUUUUGUGUGCGGUCAAUAGCGGUAUGGUAUUCUCGGUUGCAACGUUAAUUAUUGAAGCUAUCUCGCCCAUUGGAUAUACCGACUUGCAAUCUGGGAUUUGUGCUUCCGCCAGUGUGAUUGCAGGGUUCGCGGGUGGAAUGCUUUCGGGUUAUUGGGCCGGAAAAACUGCACAACAUAUCAUGCUGAUCAAAAUCUUUACGCCCAUGAUGGUAUUCACCUAUCUCAUGCUGAUUUUUGAGAUGAUUCCCAAUGCUUUUAGUGUUAUUUUAAUCGCUUGCAUCUUGAACGGGUUUUUUGCUUAUGCCUUAUUACCCAUCCACUUGGAAUUAGCUUGCGAAUUAUCAUAUCCUGUGCCGGAAUCCGUUUCAUCCUCCUUGCUAUGGGUGAUUUCUACUGCAGCCACGCUUAUAUUUUCUGUUGUGAUAGAUGCUUUAAGAGCAGGUCCUGAAGCAAAUCCACCCAAAAAUAUGAAACUCGCCAUGAUUGUUGCAUGUAUAAUUGUGGCGGUGGGGUCCAUUCCAACCAUCUGGCUAAAAGGCGAUCUAAAACGAACGGCUUUUGAUAAACAAGUUACCGAUGAAAAAAUCGAGUUAUAA